AUGGACAGCCGGCCACCGACCGAGAACCAGCUCGCCAAGGAACUCCCGGGCCCGACGACGUACCUGACGGGCCACGACGCGGCGGGCAAGGCCGUGGUGCACUCGCGGCGGCCGGUCAAGUGGACGUCGUACGACUCGGGCCGGGUCGGCAUGUCGGUCGCCUACACGACGUCCUCGUUCCCGGCGGACCUUAACGGCGACGCCGACGUCGCCGCGCACGACGCGACGCUGGGCCCGGACGGCACGUCCACGCACGGCCUGGUGCGGGCGUCGGGCACCGUGCUGCGCUUCGUCGACUUCGCGCCCGGCAACAGCUGCAUGAUGCACCGCACCCAGAGCCUCGACUACGGCGUCGUGCUCGAGGGCGAGAUCGAGUCGGUCCUCGACUCGGGCGAGGUCACGCGCAUGGGCCGCGGCGACGUCAUGGUGCAGCGCGCCACCAUGCACGCCUGGCGCAACCCGAGCCAGACCGAGUGGGCGAGGAUGAUCUUUUGCCUGCAGGACUGCAAGCCGCUCGUCGUGGCCGGCCAGCGGAUGAAGGAGGACCUGGGCGUGGGCAUGGAAGACAACGCCCUGCCGCCCAGCGGGAACGAUGUCGAGUGA